UGAUUGCAAACGCGAAAGCAACGGGUCGAUUUUCCGUACAUCAACCGAGAUUACUCGAAUACUAGCAGAUAUUAGUGAUAUUGGAUACUGUCAGCAUUCUCAGCUGACGCACUAAAGAGUAAUAAUAUAUUAUCGAAAAUGUCAUUUGGCGAAAAAAUAGCAUCGAUCAUGCAGAGGCCUGGACAAGACCCUGUUGCCAAGGACGAUGUGCCUUGGUGGAUGAAAUACGCCGGUCGCGGACUUGGUACCGUAGGCAGCAUAAUUGCAAUUUUUCUCGGAGCAUGGAAUUGUGCGUCGAUACUUUUUGGCCAGAUUGAUUGCUUAAUUAGCGGUAUGUGGCAAAUGAUAGCAGGUUUUCUGGUUGUUAUGAUCGAAGCGCCUUGCUGCUGUUUGUUUAUCGAUUUUGUACAAAAUUUAAGCGAUUGGGUGGAGAAGAAACCCUAUUGGAAUAGAGCAGCUGUUUAUUGUUUAAUAGCAUUGCCAGCAGUCUUCCUAUGUCCAGGAAUGAGUAGUAUAUUUGGCAGUGGUUUAAUAUUUACAACGGGUAUAAUUUAUGGCUUGAUGUCUUUGGGCAAAAAAGCGCCUUUUGGCGAAAUGAGAACAACAGCAAUGGAUAUUCAAGCUCCAUCAUCGAGCAUGCGGUCCGUACUAGUUGAAAAUACUCAGCCAAUUGGUGUUAGCAAUCCAACUAGUACUCCAGCUAGUAUUGUUUGAUUAGGAAUUAUAAUUGGGUGAGCAAUCUAACAUUUUUGUUUUGUGCGAAUUGUAAGCGAUAAUUAAUCGUUUAAAUGAUUAAUAGCUCGAAUAAAUGAAUGAACUUCAUUUUAUCUCAGCUUUAUCAUUGAUACAAAUUGUGUAAUUCAAAUGUUCUAAUAACUUCACAAGACAUUUAUUACUUUUAAGAAUAAUUGAAUACAAAUCGUAUUAGAUAUGUAAAUUCAAAUGUGUUAUGAUCUGAGAAAGGAAAAAUUUCUUAAACUUUAAUAUUACAUGGAAUUUUUUUAUUUUAAUCUGUUUUUAUUUAAUACUUGAGAUACAUUCGUAAGAGUUGUAUGCGUUUGUUAUAUCCUAUGUUUGUAUGAAAUGUGUAUGUAAAAUGGAGUGGGACAUAUUUUGAAGACAUAUAGAAAAGAAUUUGUGUUAUUCAUUUUAAUAAUGCCAAAGUCAAAGACUGUCAUAGAAAAUGAUGUUGUUCUAUGGGUCUAGCUUUCGUAGGCCCAUUUAUCCAUUAUAUGUCAUGAAACGUUAACAAAUGUAACAAUAGAAAAUUAUAGAUGAUGUAACAUGUUUUGAAGUAUAUAAUAUUAAAAUUUUAUUUUGCAAGCAAUUAGUUAAGUAGGUUCAAAAAGAGAAACUAAAUAAUACUUCCGCGAUAAUUUCGCAUUUGAAUUAUAAAACGCAUUGUUUUCAGAAUGUCAUAUUAGAAGCGAGAAAGUCAUUAGUUUGAUAUACUUUUUAUGUAUAAUAUUAUAGAUAAGUUUCUCCUCUGCCAAAUAAACUAUACAUGCAUAAAAUUUAAUUAUGUUUUAAAAUAACACUAUUUGUAUACAUAUAUUUAUGUGACAUUCUAAUUUUUAUUACAGCGCCGUAAAAUUAAUUAUAUAAUAAAUUGAUAAAGCCAUAAAUAUACGUA